AUGGAAGAAAAUGAAACUAUAAUUGAUGUUUAUCGUCCUCCAUCCGCUACUGGCCAUAAUGAGAAAUACGUCCAAAUCGUUUGUUCACCCCAAAUGAAAUAUGUAGCUACUAUUACACAUAUGGAUGCAGCUAAAAGUGACCCACAGAAGAAUGGAGAUCCAACACAAUCAACACAUGUUGAUGAAGAAGAUCAAUUAUUUAAAGAAGCGACUUUAUGGUCAGUAAGUAAAAAAAAAUCUGAUGAGUCUGAUGAGUUUGAAGAGUUGGCUUUGAAACGCGAAAAUACCAUUAAGGGACAUCAGAUAACUGAACCAAGGCCUUCAUUAUGGGCUGUUUCAGAUAAUAUGUAUAUCGUAUUUAAGACGACCUAUUUUUAUUAUAAUUUCGAAGUAUUCGAUGGUAAAGAAGGGGUGCGUAAAGAACUCUACUUUCCUAGCACUCACAAUGUAGUAAACCAACUUGCUUUCAUCAAAAACGGAGAUUUAGUAAUUGCUUUGAUUGAACCUGUACAUUGCAUAUAUACAUUCAAAUUGGACCAAUAUAACGAAUGGGUUUAUUUUUCUAAAUUUGAAGUAACGUAUUUUUACGAGGCUUUCAUUACUAUCGAAGGAAAAUUGAUAUUAUUCGACGACAAGAUAUUUCAAUUAACUAAAUGGGAUAUUAGCGAACUUUCAUUUGAAACAAAUUGCUUGAUCGAUUGGUGUUAUAAAGUUAAGCAUGUAGAAAUAAAUAAAGGUGGCGAAUUUUUAGCAGUUCAUGCUGCUUAUGUGCAGGGUGAAAAUGAAACUACCAAGAAAUCUAGAAUUUAUGUUUUUUCUCUUAAAUCUGGAAUGAAUAUGGCUUUUC